AUGUUGUUGAAGGAGGUUCCUAUACAGUCUAGAACUCUGGUGCCCAGUGAAAAUGUUCAUGUGACACUUGAAACCAAUGUUGCUAGUUUGGUGAAGAAUCCUACUCUCUUGGAGUCUGAAGACUCUGAACUUUUAGUGACUGGGAAUCCUGGAGUAGGAGCUGCUAUAAUCGGGCAAUGUGAUGUAGUGUCAGAGGUGUUGGAAAUGGAAAGCCGUGGUGGGCAGGUUCAAAGUCAUCUUGCUAGUGCUGGUGGUUUGGCGUAUAGUUCGGAUGGUGAGAUGGGAGGUAGGGGGCUGGAUGUGCGGAUGGAAAAGGCAUAUGAUUCUGACCAAGAGCCUCCUGAGUAUAAAACCAAACGAAUAGAGCAGUUGACACAUUGUGUAAGGCAUUCGCAGAAGAGACUUAAGAGUUUAGUUAAAAAGCAUCGAGUAUCGGUAGUGGCGAUUUUGGAACCUUUUCAUGAGGAAUCUAAAAUGCCACGGCUGGCUAGUUUUUUGGAGUUCUCAAAGUUUUGCUGUAAUGAAUAUUCAGGUGGUAAAGCAUGGCUUUUUUGGAAGGAGGAAUAUGGGUUUGAGGUGCUCAAUAUGACUAAUCAAUCCCUGUCGGGUUGGUUUCAUUUGGGGACUAAUCAAGUUUUCGUGACCUUUGUUUAUGCUAAGUGUACUAUGUUAGAAUGUCGCGGCUUAUCGGGGGAGCUUGAUAGUAUCAGUAUAGUUGAUGAUCCGUGGUUGGUGGUAGGGGACUUUAAUGUCAUAUGCUCGGAUUCAGAACGUAUUGGGGGAAACCCACGUCCCGUGUCAACAAUGGUGGAGUUUAAUGAAAGCUUGGAUAAUUGUGGGCUUGUAGAGAUGAGAGUUCAUGGUAGGAGUAUGUCAUGGUGUAAUGACCACAAUGGUCGAUCCCGCAGUUGGGCCCGUUUAGACCUACCGGUGAUGAAUGUUGCUUUCUCUAAUUUAUUUGGCUCGGUUUAUAUGGAAUAUCUGAUGAGGGAGCCAUCCAAUCAUUGUCCCAUGGUGGUUCACGUAUGCCCACCGAGAUUACAGUAUGGUCCUUCUCCUUUUCGCUUCCAAAAUAUGUGGUGCUCACAUGAAUCAUUCUUUAAGUGUGUGGAGGAAGCAUGGGCAGAACCAGCAGUCGGUGGUAGUGGUUUGUAUAAACUAGCUGCCAAACUGAAGAAAGUGAAGGUAACCUUAAAACAGUGGAACCAAAAUACUUUUGGCCGGGUGGAUUUAUUGAUUAAGACUCUUGAGGAGAAGGUGGAGUUCCUUGAGCUCCAGCUUCAGGAUAAAAACAAUCCAAUUGUUGAAGAAGAGUUUUUGCUGGCUAAACAGGAGCUUGCCGAAUGGGACGCAAGGGAAGAAAUGAGAUUGGCUCAAAAGGCAAAGAGGAAAUGCCCAAAUGUACAUCCUGCAGACCUUUCGGCACUUGUAGAUCCUGUGAUUUCGGCUGAGGAAAAUACUUUGCUAUGUGCAAGCCCGGCAGAAAAUGAAGUUAAAGCAGCGGUGUUCUCCAUUCCGAAGCAUAGUUUUCCUGGUCCUGAUGGUUUCGGUUCGAGUUUUUACAUGUUUUGUUGGGAGAUUGUGAAGGAGGACGUGAUCGAAGCAGCGCGUGAUUUUUUCAGUGGUGCCUCGUUACUAAGGUUUUACUCGUCAUCUUAUAUAGUGCUCAUCCCAAAAGUUCCGGAUCCAAAGAGUUUCGAUACAUUUAGGCCUAUAAGCCUUUGCUUUGUGGCUUAUAAAAAAUUUUUGAAGAUUUUGGUUAACAGGUUGACGAGUCUCCUCCCAAAGAUAAUUUUACAAGAACAAAGAGUUUUUAUUUCUGGGAGGAGUAUUUUUGAAAAUAUUACGCUCGUUCAAGAGAUGGUCCAGUCAUUGCACAAAAAGACCCAAGGUGGCAAUAUGCUGUUGAAUGUCAAUAUGACCAAGGAAAAUGAUAGAGUUCACUGGGAUUUUCUUUUGUAG